AUGAUUAUCCGGAAACCAAGAAUGAUUAAAUUUCAAAGAUCUUUGUAUAUAAUACUCCUUUUAUUUGCAAUUGCUUUAUCUUACUAUAUUUUAAUUGGAGUUUACACUGUAAUUGAACCUGAUAUGAAUAGUACUAAGAAAACAUCACAACAAAUUUUAUUUAUUGGAGGUUAUCCAAGAAGUGGCACUACUCUUAUGCGUGUCUUGCUAGAUGUACAUCCAAUGAUUCGAUGCGGUCCUGAAACUAGAGUAAUACCCAAAAUCCUCAACUUACGAGGUGAAUGGGGUAAAGGAAAAGAAAGUGAACGACUUACAGCUGCUGGUCUAUAUCCCGUUGCAGUCGAUUCUGCUGUACGAUCAUUUAUAUUAUCUUUAAUCCAAAAUGCUGGAGAAAAUGCACUUGUUCUGUGUAAUAAAGAUCCACUAUCAUUUAUUUACCUUGAAUAUUUGGCGGAAAUAUUUCCUGAGGCAAAAUUCAUCCACAUGGUACGUGAUGGGCGUGCUGUGAUUAAUUCACUAGUAAAACGACAUGUUACCAUCAAAGGAGCACCUGAACUUAUAGAUGAAAAAUUUUUUGCAUGGGAAAAUCGAGUAAAUCAGAUUUUAAAAUCAUGUGCAGUUAUCGGGCCCAAACGAUGCACAACAAUCAAAUAUGAAUCAUUGGUACUCAGACCGAGAGAAGUUCUGGGUGAACUGUUUGAAUUUCUCGGAUUACCAUGGGAUCCAAUCGUUCUUCACCAUCAAACGGCUAUGAGUCAAAGCUCUCUAAGCAAACUCGAACCGAGUACUUCACAGGUUGUUCAUCCAAUACACUUGGCUUCACUAACUUCAUGGGCUUCAAGUAAUUCAGUGUUACCCGAAUCUUUCAUCUCAUCAAUACACCGAGAAAGUGAUAUACUGAAAACACUUGGUUACGCUGAUUUGGGUGUACCACCACAUUACGGUACUCCAGAAAACCAGGUGGUCAAUAUAACUAGUUACCUUAUCAAUGAUCCACAAUUUAGACAGAUAUUCUAA